UAUGAUCGCGUGCGACACGCUUGUUUUAUGUUUAAUACUGCAGCUAUGUAGUGCUGACCGCAGAUUCCCAGCGAACUUCAAAUUUGGUGCGGCUACUUCUUCAUAUCAGAUCGAAGGUGGAUGGAACGCUGAUGGUAAAGGCGAGAGUGCAUGGGACAGUUUCGUUCAUGAACACGUUGGUGACAUCAAGAACUGUGCUACUGGAGAUGUUGCCGCCGACUCAUAUCAUCAGUGGAGGGAAGAUGUAAGGAUCGCCGCUGAAAUGGGACUACAGUUUUACAGGUUCUCAAUAAGCUGGCCACGGGUCCUGCCGAGCGGCUUCACUGACAAGAUCAACAAGGCUGGUGUCAGGUAUUACAGUGACCUCAUCGACGCACUGCUAGCUGAAGGCAUUGAACCAGUUGUAACGCUUUACCAUUGGGAGAUGCCUGUUAAGAUCCGAGACCUUGGUGGGUGGUCAAACCCCCUCAUCGCGGAUUGGUUCGGAGACUACGCCAGGGUGAUCUUCUCUCUCUACGCAGAUCGCGUCAAGACCUGGCUCACCAUCAACGAAGCUAUAUCAAUUUGCGACUACGCUUUCACGAAGGGGCACUUCGCCCCUAAGAUAAAGGAGCCGGAAUUUGCCCCCUUUCUCUGCAAUAAACACCUCCUGCUUGCACACGCUACUGCAUAUAGGAUAUUUGAACGGGAGUUUAGACCUAAGUUUCCAGGCCGCAUUUCUCUUGCAAACUAUGAAUUGUGGAUAAGGCCGGCUACUAUAAACGAUACGGAGUUAGCAGAACUGGGAAGGCAGCAUUCGACAGGCCGCUACGCCCAUCCAAUAUUCUCAAAAACGGGCGGUUGGCCACCUUCGAUUGAAAAGCUGAUGUUGGAGUAUAGUUUAAGGCAAGGAUACCAGCGGUCCAGGUUGCCACCUUUCUCAACAGAAGAGGUAGAAUUUAUCAAAGGCACAGCAGAUUUCUAUGGUAUGAACCAUUACACUACAAGUUUGAUCAGGCCUGCCAAGCCUGGGGAGGGCCCUGGCAUCUGGGAUGUGACCGGGUCACCGGAACUGAACGCCAAAUUGGAGUCCCCCCCGGACAGUAAAUACGGUGUCUCGCCUAUACUUCCGAUCGUUCCGGAAGGCAUCCGUGAACAGCUAUCCUGGCUGAAGAAGGAAUACGGUGACAUCGACAUCCUGAUUACGGAGAAUGGGUUUUCAACCAAGGAUUAUGAGCUUAACGACUUGGAAAGAACAGAGUUCUUUAAGGAGUACUUAGAACAGGUCCUUUUAUCCAUUAAAGUGGACAAUGUGAGUGUAGUCGGUUACACGGCGUGGUCUCUCAUCGACAACUUCGAGUGGCUGGACGGAUAUACGACGAAAUUUGGCCUUCACGAGGUGGACUUCUCGCACCCGAACCGCACGCGUACGCCGCGUACCUCCGCGCAUUUCCUCGCGUGCGUCAUCAGAAACAACUCCCUGGACGUGCCCGAUUCCUGUUACAAGCACAAAUACCUCGCUGACCUCGCUACACAAAAUGGCAGCUAUGUAGCAAGAGGUGUAUUGUUAUUAGACGCUAUUUUAAUAUAUAUCAGCUUUGUUUUUAGAUAAAGUUUCCGUAAUGCACAUUUGUUAUUCAAUUUAGUAGUACGGGAUCAUUUUGUAAAUGCUCGUCCGGGUAAGUACUACUAAGUGGUUGCCAGUGUGUUUACAGACGAACGACGCUUAAAGGAUUUUAAAUUUAUGGGAACUAUUGCAUUGGGCAUUAUCUGUCUAUGACAUCCUUUGA